AUGGCCACCCCCCAGCGGCGAGUGACUCGGAGUCAGAGUCGGGAACUCGAUGAUCCGAACUAUGGAAAACAAUCUUCUAAGACAGCCCAGCGACAUGGGGUUCAGGGUAGGGCCCAAGUGAAACAUCUACCCCCGGUGAUUGAACAAUCUCCCAUCAGCUCCCAUCAAACUCCAACGUCACGGUUGAGCUCCUCGGCAGUGCCAGAUACACCAGCCCACGAGGAAGGGAGUACCAACAUCUCCGGCACGACCUUUUUGGCUCAUGACUCGGACCAUGCCUCGGACUCUGAGGAUGGCGGUGUCGAUGCUAUCGACAUGGCCGAUGAACUGCCAGAUCUCCAACAAGCGUCCACACGCCUGCUAGAGCUAGUGGGCACAAGCUCGUCUGAUGCUAAGGGCAUCUGUGAGGUUGCAAAGCGUAUUUCAAACCCUGCUCAUGCCGACAAUAAGCGAUUCAAGCGUGUCUACAAGAAGCUCGCGGAUAGCAUGAAGGUUUUCACCAGCGAAAGCUACAUAGACGCAGCCAGUGUGUCUGGCUUGAUUCCAUCUGUCAGAACCGAGGACUCUCCCGAGCCAUGGGAUCCACGGCCGUACCUUUACCGAGCAAAUUGUGCUUGGUUGGCACUGACCACACUUUCCGCCGCGAUCGGCUCCCAAACACAGGUGCAAGCAAUCGAGAAUCUCGAUAGACAAUUCCCGGCUCCUUUCAUGAGGCAAAUGCUCCGGCCUAAACAAAAACUGACUGGUGGCGCAAGCUGCGCACUGAGGGCCACUGUUGAUCUGGCUCUUGAGAUUCGAACGCAGUUCUUCAUCGCAGAACUUGAGAAACGUCAAAGCGAGAAAGGGUUCAAUCCUCAAACCAUCCUGAAAAUUGUUUUUUACCACGACCUUGCGCUGGAUGAUUCAAACGACCCAUCCCCUGACCCUGGCUCUCUUCGGGGGUUCAACCUUCCCGGGACCUUUGAAGAUGAGAAUGGCUGUCUUCCCGAUAGUAUGCAUGACGAGGUUAGUGUACGGAUCGAUGAGCUGGAGACUUCUCUCUUCGAUGACGACGACAAUUUCAAUCUGAAGGGUCUGAAGACAAUCUUUAGCUGGCGCCGGUUCUGUCUGCGUGUUGCACGCUUCGUCCAGCUACGAGAGCAGGAGUUCAAGGCCACGAUCGCCUCUCAGCCCAAGAUCGAGGAUGUGCAAGUCUUGGUAAUAAAAGCGAUCAAUCGUCGGGCGGACUCAAAUGCUGCCGGAUCACCAGACCGUUCAAUGCCUGUAGAAUCUGAUCAUGAAGAACCUUCCGCCACAUUGAAUGAAGGGUCAGGCGAGGAGUUGGAAGACAGGAGAGCCGAACACGACGAAAGCCCCGGUGAAGGGCCAGCUUAUCCAGAAGGCAAUAAUGAAGAACCAGCCCCUCAAGAAGCAGAGUCUGCAAGGCCAGCUCCUGAAGAGCCAGCACCGAAGCCGUCACCCCAGCGAGUUCCAAGUAGGCGGAAAUCCGCCAAAGGUAUUUGGCGUACCGCUGAUGCCAUGGACUUCCUUGCGAAGACCCUUAACAUCGGGCGUCAGACAGACUUGGCUUCAUUGGAAUCACAGCCCAUCACUGCUGGAAAAGGAAAAGCGGCUGUCCUCCCAGAUUCCCCUCGGGGCAUGAGCGUAACUGCAGAUCGCGACGAAAUCGCAGGAACUCCCGAGCCCGAGUCUUCCCCUCAUCGGCCGACGUCCCCCCAACACAUAGGUUCAGCUACACGGGAUGAUGAACCUGCCUUUAAUCCGAUUGAUGACGAUCUGGUAUUUGAUCAACCAGGUGAAGCGGUCAUGUCUGCCAGCCCCCGCGGCUCUGAGCGAAUUAACAGAGUCAGCCACUACCCGGGUCGAUUCUUUGAUAGUCCAUCGGCGGCUCGGGCGAAGCCUUCAUCCCCGCGUCGUUCUAUCUUUGAUCGGCAGGCGAAUGCCUCGAGGGUCGUUUUCUCACCCGGGGUUUCUGAGGAGUCUCAAAGUGCAGAGAGACCACGUGAGCCAGCCAAGCAAACGACCAUGCCACCACCUCCUACGAGUCAGGGACCAUCUCGCAAGCGCGGCCGUGGCGACUCAGACGACGAGGCGAGUGAUGAUGACGAUGACUUUGAUCGGGAUACCCGCAGCCAUAACAUCUCCCAACGCAGAGCCCAGAUUCCCGAACGAGCACGUCCAACUGAAAAGCGGCAGCGCGUCACCAAUGAGGACUCUAGCCCGGCAGAACAGCUACUUGAUGAUUUGGCCGCCAGCCAACAACAGCUCCAGGAGGCAAGACCAGAGGCUCCAAGUCCCACCACGGCUCGCCGCGAGUCUCGUUGGCAUGCGGAGAAUUCUGUCUCCCGUCCUUCACCUCAGCCACCUAUCAUCUCGAUUACUGGCCACGCCAGUCGGAGAAGGUGGAGCCCAGAAGAAGAUGAACGCCUUAUCAUGCUUGUUGCGCGGCACGGCACUCAAUGGGCGGCCAUCCAGCGACAGGAUUCAAUUUGUCCUGCCUCUGAUGGGGGGCCUCAGCUCACUGGUCGAACCCAAGUUAAUAUGAAGGACCGCGCACGGAAUAUCAAGCAAAAAUACCUUAGGAGCGGUCAACCAUUACCACUCAAUUUCGACCGCGUCACGGGCUGA